CUGCUGUACAUGGUCUGCUUUACCACGUGCUGUGUCUACCGCCCCCUCCAUCCCAGGACCGACAACCAAACUGGCCCCCGGGACAACACCCUCCUACAGCAGAAGCUACUUCAGGAGGCGUAUGUGGACCCCGAGGAUCACCUCCGACUGGUGGGGGAGCUGGUGUCCGUCUUUGGAGCUGUGAUCAUUCUGCUUAGAGAGGUUCCAGACAUCUUCCGCGUGGGGGUCACUCGCUUCUUUGGACAGACCAUCCUCGGAGGACCGUUCCACGUCCUCUUCAUCAGCUAUGCCUGCAUGGUGCUGGUGACGACGGUGAUGAGGCUCACCGAUACCGACGGGGAGGCGGUGCCCAUGUCCUUCGCCCUGGUGCUGGGCUGGUGCAACGUCAUGUACUUUGCCCGAGGAUUCCAGAUGCUGGGCCCCUUCACCGUCAUGAUCCAGAAGAUGAUUUUUGGCGAUCUGAUGAGAUUCUGCUGGCUGAUGGCUGUGGUCAUCCUGGGCUUUGCCUCAGCCUUCUUUAUCAUCUUCCAGACGGAGGACCCUAACGAGCUGGGCCAUUUCUACAAUUACCCCAUGGCGCUGUUCAGCACCUUCGAGCUGUUCCUCACCAUCAUCGAUGGCCCUGCCAACUACGACGUGGAUCUGCCCUUCGUGUACAGCAUCACCUACGCUGCCUUCGCCGUCAUCGCCGCCCUCCUCAUGCUCAACCUCCUCAUCGCCAUGAUGGGCGACACUCACUGGCGCGUAGCCCACGAGCGGGAUGAGCUCUGGAGGGCCCAGGUCGUGGCCACCACAGUGAUGCUGGAAAAGAAGCUGCCUCGCUGCCUGUGGCCUCGCUCCGGGAUCUGUGGGCGCAAGUUCGGGCUGGGGGACCGUUGGUUCCUGCGGGUGGAAGACAGACAGGAUCUCAACCGGCAGCGCGUCCGGCGCUACACGCAGGCCUUCUGCAACCCAGGCUCCGAAGAUGACGACACGGAAGGACGGUGGCUGGGCGGCCCCCACCUGUCCCUUCCUGCCCCCUCGGUGUCUCGAAGUACUUCCUGCAGCAGCAUGAACUGGGAGAGGCUGCGGGAAGCCACCCGGAGGAGAGAGCGGAGGGGGAUGGUGAACAGGGCUCUGGAGGCCGGGGAGGGCUGGGAGUACCAGAUCUGAGUGCCUCCGCCCACGU